AUGGCUAUCUCUAAAGUGGCAGUUGCCGGAGGUACCGGCAACCUCGGUCCAGCCAUUGUCAACGCCCUGUUGACUGCGGGCUUUGAGGUCACCGUCCUCAGUCGAUCCUCGUCACACAAACUGGAUCCUCGCGUCAAAGUCCAGGAGGUUGACUACAACUCGCAAGAAUCCCUCACCACAGCACUAUCAAGCCAAGAUGCGGUCGUCAACGCCCUCGGAGUCGGGGUGGUCGCUCGUGAAAUCCACCUUCGCCUCGUGGAAGCUGCCCACGCCGCCAAGGUCAAGAGAUUCAUCCCAUCGGAAUUUGGCAGCGAUACCGUACACCACUUGACUGCACAACUGCCCGUAUUCGGUGACAAGGUUGCCGUCCUGGAAAGACUGAAGGAGAUCUCAGCCCAGGAUCAAGAAUUCAGCUACACCGCAAUUAUCAACGGCCCUUUCUUCGACUGGGGUCUUGAGAAGCAAUUUUUCCUCAACCUUGCUGGUCCAACGACACAAAUCUACGAUGGUGGCGACGUGCCAGUGAGCACCACAACUCUUCCCGGAAUCGGCCGUGCUGUCGCUAGCGUUCUACAAAAGCCCGACGAAACCAAGAAUCGCCCCGUCUACGUCGCAGAAACAGUCUUCACACAAAAUAAACUAUUGGAGUGGUCAGGCAAGGCCGAUAGAAUUGAGAAGAUCCCUGUCACCACCGAGGAGUUGGAGCAGAAGGCCUAUGAAGCGAUCAAGCAGCCCACGCCUGACGGUGCCACAUUCGCCCGCAACCUCAUCUUGCGAGCUAUCUUUGGAGGUAAAUUCGGAGGUCAUUUCUCAAAGACCGAUAAUGAGCUGCUUGGGGUGAAAGAACUGUCGGAGUCAGAGAUUAAGGAUUUGGUUAAGCAGUAUGUUUAG